GUGGCGGCUGACAUGGAUCUUCUCUUCCUCUGCCCCUUCCUGCUGGUGCUGCUGCUGUCCCGGGGCAGCUUCACUGACCUGGAGAAACAGAGGGUGGACUCUGGCUUGGAGAUCUAUAAGAAGCUGUUUGAGGUGAAGCGCAAGGACCAGAUGAAUGCGCUGAAGAACCUGAUCGAGCUCAACGACAUCAACCAGCAGUACAAAAUCAUUGACAUCAUGCUCAAGGGACUCUUCAAGGUGCUAGAGGACUCCCGGGCUGUGCUCAUUGCUGCUGAUGUGCCUCCCGAUGGACCUUUCCCUCAGGAUGAGAAGAUAAAGGAUGCGUAUUCCCACGUGGUGGAGAACACGGCCUUCUUCGGGGACGUCGUCCUGCGCUUCCCCAAGAUCGUGCACCACUACUUUGACCGCAAUUCCAACUGGAACAGCCUCAUCCGCUGGGGCAUCGGCUUCUGCAACCUGACAGGCGUGUUUGAACAGGGACCCCACUCACAGGUCCUGGGGCUGAUGGCUCAGGAGCUGGGAAUCAGUGAGAAAUCACCCGAUUACCGCAAUCCCUUUAAAAUGGAGCACUCCGAGUUUUUCCCCAGCGCCGACACCUUCCAGAAGGCGCUGCGGGAGGAGGAGAAGCGGAGGAAGAAGGAGGAGAAGCGGAAGGAGAUCCGCAAGGGCCCACGCAUAUCCCGCUCUCAGUCGGAGCUGUAGCUCCCUCUCGGAGGCCUUGGGCCGG